AUGAUCCUUGAAGCAGUCGCUGAUCACCGCCUCUGGAUCUGGCAUGCAUACUUCGGUGUAGCCGGGUCGAACAACGACAUCAAAGUCCUCAACUCGUCCACCCUCUUCGCCGAUCAAUGCAUGGGUCGCAGCCCGGCCAUCGAGUUCACUGCCAACGGCCGCAGAUAUCAUAUGGGGUACUACUUGGCCGAUGGCAUAUACCCAAGGUGGCCUGUUUUUAUGAAGACGAUCAGCUGCCCAAUGGGUGACAGGAGAAUCUUGUUUGCGGCAAAGCAGGAGUAUGCGCGGAAGGAUGUGGAGCGGGCUUUUGGUGUGCUCCAAUCGCGGUGGGCAAUAGUGAAAGGUCCGGCGCGUUUCUGGUUCAAGGAAGUCGAUGAUGAAGCCGGAUCUAGCUCCAGCAUGGCGACCCCGCCUGUCGCUCGAGGAUUACCGAUGGGCUUCGGUGAGGUUCUAGAGAGACAGACCUCAAUGCGCAGCCAACAAGACCUUGUGGCGCUCAUGAACGACAUGAUUGAAGAAGUUUGGAAGCUUUUCGGCUAUUGA